UGCGAAAAUGGCCGAACAAAAAAAGGAGUCUGCAUUGGAUUGGCUUGCAUGCAUGGUGACAAGAGGCGGAGGAGGAGGGCGGUUUGAGUCAACCCAGCUGUGUGAGGGCAGUGCUCUCCUUCUACAUCAGGUUGUCAUCUCUGUUGACACACACCGUCUCACACACUCACUUCAUCCUCUGGAUCGGACGUCUCCUGUGCCUUCAUUGAUGUGCAACCGAGUGUGAUCGACGAUCAGAGGUGUCUAACUGCAGGAAAAAUGGGAAGAAAGAAAAUACAAAUUUCUCGCAUUGUGGAUCAGAGAAACCGACAGGUGACGUUCACCAAGCGCAAGUUCGGCCUGAUGAAGAAGGCGUACGAGCUGAGCGUGUUGUGCGACUGCGAGAUCGCCCUCAUCAUCUUCAACAGCACCAACCGACUCUUCCAGUACGCCAGCACCGACAUGGAUAAGGUUCUCCUCAAGUACACCGAGUACAGUGAGCCGCACGAGAGCCGCACCAACACCGAUAUUCUGGAGACUCUGAAGAGGAAAGGCCUUGAGCUGGAUUCUUCGGAGCUUGAUGGCGAUGAAAGCAUGCAGGCUACGCCCCUGCGCUCCCCGGAAGCGCAAUUCCUAAUGUCGGAGAGCAGCUUCCCAGUCUCAUCCGGACCCGGCGUGGCCCCCCACAGUGCCUUUAAAUGCGCCAGCCCGGCUCCAGCAACAGCUCAUGCCUCCUUCAUGUCACCACACUCUGGUAUCGGCUACUCCGUCUUCUCCCACAUGAGCCGAGGUCUCCACCCGAAGACUCCUCCCCCUCCCCUGUCACCUCUGACCCUGUCAGCCAAUCAAGGCUCACGCACCGGCCCGAAUCCCGCCGUGAGCCGGGGGCUCCUGUACCAGACGGGCCUGCGUGGAGCCACGGGCAAAGCCGGGCUGUUCGGCCACACCCUGGCUGGUUACGGUCUCGCCUCCGCCGGGGCUUCAGAGUACAGACAGCCAAGUUUCUAUCACUCUGUGAGUCUGCAGCGAAGCGCCGUGAACUCCUGGCAAACAACGCAGCCUUCAAACCAGCUCCAUGGGCCUCAUUUAAGUCAAGGGAUGUCCACCGGGGUCUGCUCUUUCCCCUCUCCACCUUUCUCCUCUACCCUAUCACAUCCUCCCUGCCUGGGCGUGCACAUCAAAUCUGAGAGCAGCUCUCCCGAGCUGCAUGCAUCCUCCCCGGCCUCGUCCCCACUACACGGCCUCGGGCGAGGCCAAUCGCCCAUGAGCAGACCCGGCUCGGCUCACCGCAGCCCCUCAGAACCGGAGCCUGAGAUGUACUUGUGUGACGGAGAAGAUGGAGGGAUGCAGAGGCAAUUGCACAUGUGUGAAGGAUGGCAGAGAUAACUAUGCACUUAGUAUAAUAUUUGAGAAGCGCUGGCCUAGGUGACUGAUUCACAAUUUGGUUUUGUCUGAUAUCAGAGAUUAAAUAAAGAAAACCAACUGGCUGA